UUCUUCACGGUUAGUUCAGCGGCCCCUCAGAUACGUUACCAUCCAAAAUUCCAUACAUUGUUCACACUGAACGAAUAUUUCCACCCUUUACUCUCCAAUGGGUGUAUAUAGCAGUACAUCAUGAUCAGAGGACACAGAUCAAUAGCGAAUAAGAAUCACUCUAAAACUGUAGCUCUCAUCUUUGUCCCCUCUGCUUUCCUCUUCUACUCUCUCUUCAACAUGGCUUUCCACAACCAACCUUCAUCUUCAGAUUCUGUAAUUUCAAAUGACGAGCAGAGGUCGAGAUUGUAUGAUAAGAUGGAGAGGGAUUUGGAUGAGAACGGGCCUGCUUUUCUUAAACAAGGCGAAACAUCUCAGUCGUUGUCACUUUCGGAUAUUUUCACUUUGAAGGAUGGAUAUGUAACACCCAUACUUAAGGCAGCAAACCCUCCUGUACGGGCUAAUGUUUUGUAUCUGAGCACCGAAUACUCAGUGCGCAUCUCGGAGGCUGUGAAACAUAUUUUUAAUCCGUACUUUGAUAAAGCAAUCUGGUUUCAGAACUCCAGCAUGUACCAUUUUAGCAUGUUUCAUGCUUCACAUCAUAUUACACCUGUUCCUGCUUCUGAAGAUGAGAUAGAAGUGGAAGCAAGUGCUGUUCAUGCUGUUGCGGAUGAUCUCUGUCCUUUAAAAAUUGUUUUAGACAGGGUGGUUUUAACCUCAACUGGUGUGCUUUUGGGUUGCUGGCAGGUAAUCUCUGGGACAGAUCCCAUAACCAUUCGUGCCAAGCUGAGGACUGCACUUCCAAAUGCGCCAGAAAAGCAACUUUAUGAUGCUGCUAUUCUUCACACAUCAUUUGCAAGGCUUCUGGGACACCCCACAGCAACUCCAAUGGAGCUGCAUAAAACUUCAGAUGAAGUUCAAUUCUUCCAUGACCUAGUUGCUAAGCUAAACAAUCAAAUCCGUGGAAUGGAGGCUGUGGUGUCUGAGCUCUGGUAUGUGGAGGAAUAUGAUGUGCUUGCUCUUGCAUUGGAUGGAAGAACGAAGAUUCGCAGGUUUCAACUUGGCUGCUCAAGAACCCAAGAUUCCAAAGAUGACAAGCAUAAUUAAAAGCAUAUUUCAUUACUUAUAUAUAUUAAAAAAAAAAUCAAAAGCAUAUUCAUAGAUUUACAGGAUCUUUCAUGAUGGAAGUGUGUACUUAAUAUACAUUUUCGUUUAAGAUGGUCCUAAUAUUAGAAAAUCUUGUCACGUCUUA